GAAGUCGAAGGGUUGAGGUUGAAUAAUUGGCACGUGAACGAGGCAUGAUCUGCGCCCCAAGCCCCAGCCCAGCCCCACAUGGAAUGCCCUCCGACAAAGCGACCAAUGUCAUCAUGUCUUGUCGUGUCGUCCAUCAUGCCUCUCUAGUCCCAGCCUUCUUUUGAUUUUGUUCUUGCUAUUUCAUUCCCAUUUAAUCUCGGAUCACAUCCACCAUUGUUGUUACCUAGUCAAUCAAACAACUUCACAAUGGUCCUCGAACAAGAAGGCACCUUUACCGUCUCAGGAGCAGAGCUCUACACCAAGUCAUGGCUUCCCGAUGGACCCAUCAAAGCCAGGCUAGUCUUCAUCCACGGCUUCUCAGACCACAUCAACCGCUACCCAGCCUUCUUCUCCCACCUCGCCUCCAAAGGAAUCGCUGUGUAUGGCUUUGACCAGCGAGGAUGGGGCCGGUCAGUCAAGAAACCUGCCGAAAGGGGUCUCACGGGCCCAACAGCGCAAGUUCUCUCAGACAUUGCUGCCUUCCUCUCACAGCCCCAUCUUCUCGGCACACCCGGGAGCCAAGAACCGGUCUUCGUAAUGGGACACAGCAUGGGUGGAGGACAAGUUCUCACCUUUGCUGCUGACCCAAAGUAUGAGUCCUUGGUGGAGAAGGUUCGGGGUCUCCUCCUUGAAGCACCGUUUAUCGGGUUCUCGCCAGAGGAAAGACCGUCUCGGUUGAAGAUUACCGUUGGAAGACUGGCGGGGAUGUUGAUGCCGCACUUUCAGCUUGCGCACAAGAUUGCUGUCGAGCAUCUAACGAGGGAUCAACAUGUGCAAGUGAGUAUCAAGGAGGAUGAGCUGAUGCAUGAUACGGGCACGCUGGAGGGUUUUGCCGGGUUGUUGGACAGGACAAAUGAUUUGCAGCAGGGGAGGACGAAGCUGGAGAAGGAGGGGGUGGUGAAGAGCUUGUGGGUUGGGCAUGGGACGGCGGAUAAGACGACCUGGUUUGAGGCUACGAAGCAGUGGUUUGAGGGGUGUGCGGGUGGGGUGAAGGAUAGGACGCUGAGGGCGUAUGAGGGGUGGUAUCAUCAGCUGCAUUGUGAUGGGGAGUGUAGUGGCGAGUUUUUUGAGGAUGUUGCUGGUUGGAUAUUGGAACGGGCUGGGGGAGGGGAGGAGGUGUUGAAGAAGGCUGGGGAGACACCUAAGGCUCAGCAGACACACGAGGCUGUGGUGCCCGCUGAGGCGGAGGGGAGCCAGAAGACGGAGGCCAAGCUUUGACGAUCAGAUUGGGGUAAUGAAGUUGAAUGAUGUGGUGAUGGGUUUGGGUAGACCUGCCGGGAGAGGUUGGUUUAAGCGCGGGACUGCGUCAGGUCACGAGCAUAUGUCUCUUGUAUUUUCUGGAUAUUCCUACCUCGUAAUGAUAAGUGAUGUUCUACAGAG